ACACUACUAGUAGCACACACAGCCAACUGGGAUUGAUUUUUUGGCACGCAAAACUAAUAAAAACUCAUUGCUCAACUUUUGCACCAAGCAACCGGCGAGUACCGCCCCCUAUAAACGUGCUCCACAAAGCCGUUUGCAUGGCGUGCAGCUGUUCUGGCACUUCUUCUAUCGGUGGUGCUAAAACUUAUCUUCGCGCGGCACCACCAGGGCACAGGCUUGCAGUGGUGGUGCUGUUGUUGUUUAUUACGCCUUUGCGUUGGAAGAGUUUUGUUUUUAGUUUUUUCCGCUAGCUGCUAUUAAAUGGCGCACCCGGCAACCGCCCCGCCCGGGCAAAAGGGAACGAGGGGCGUAAGAACAGAGGUGUCGGAAAAGUUGUGCGGCCUGCCAGGUGUCGAACGGUGUUCACAUCAACCUCGUGACCUAUCUAAAAGGCGGCCCCCCUUGCGUUGAGACCGUUGUACUCGAUUUGGAGCUGCAACUGCAAGGAUUGGAGCUUUUAGGGAUCGUUCCAUUCGUUAGUUGGUGAGUUUCCACCGUAGAGGAAGGUUCUCGCUAUCCACACGGUACCACUACUACUACUACAACGAUACUACACACAGGAUGGCUGUUUGGGGGAAAGUGAAAAUUGCCAGUACCACCACCACCUCCAAAGCUCCGCUGGCGCGCACUCCAAGCAAAGCCGGUUCAUUGUUCAGCGAAACGCUCACGGCCGCCCUGGGGAAGCGGAAGAGCAAGUUCAAGGAUAUUACCGACGAGCUGAACCAGCACAUCAACGCCGAGGAGCGGGAGGAGCUGUACCAACGGCCCCUGUUCAACGCGGACAAGAUCCGGCGCAUGAUGGAGCGCAUCGUGGAGAAGCAGUUCGAUGUGGACGAGGAGGAGAUGCGCUACGUGUACAAUCCGGCCAAAAAUCUGAAGAUGUGCCAGAACAUCUCCAAACAGAUCAAGGAUCGGAUGAAAGCGAUGAACUUUAAGCGACACCGUAUUAUCAGCAUCGCAACGAUAGUGGAAAAGCAGCAGCAAGGAAUACACUACAAAAUGAAGUACAUCCUCGAUCCGAAGCUGGACGACUACGUGCGUUUGUACCACGAAACGCCUCACUUUUACAUCAUCGCCACAGUGCUGCUUGUCCACAAGGAUUAG